GCGAACCAUCGCAUUCCCUCGGUCGAGGUACGGCUAGGUCCGCUGCCGCAACAAGGCAGAGAAGAUAAGACCUACAUCGUCGAUCUGGCGGGAAACACUGCGCAAAUCUUGGACAGGCUGAGGGAGGCUUCUGAGGACUGCCACAGAUACAGGCGCCUGGAGGUCCUUGGUUUUCCAGUGGUUGCGUGGCAUGUUCUCCCCUCCUUGCUGGAGGAGCUUCCAAACGUGCGGGAGGUGGCCUUGGCGGAUUGGGGACAGGAUGAAGCUUUACUGGACUUUCUGAAGACACUCGGUGAUGUGCGCUCCACUGCAAAGAUCGUCUUCGAGGAUGGCUCUCAGGUGCAGAUCUCAGACCUCAGACGCGUAGAGGACACUGUGGAAGAGAUGGACUGA